AUGCAGAGAUCGCCGAUUACCGCCGUGGCCGCCGUGGGGCGGCAGUUUCUGAGGUCGAAGCCACGGCGGCGGGGGGCGUGCGAGGUGUUCGUGAACCACCGGGGGAUCGACACGAAGCGACACGUGGCGGGGCUGCUGCACCACCACCUGGGUGGCGCUGGGGUCCGGGCCUUCCUGGACAGCAAGAGCAUGAAGCCAGGGGACAAGCUGUUCGACAAGAUCCACGUGGCGAUCGGAGAAUGCAAGGUGGGCGUCGCCGUAUUCUCGCCCAUGUACUGUGAGUCGUACUUCUGUCUCCACGAGCUCAGCCUGAUGGUCCAGGCGCGGAAGAGACUCGUGCCCAUCUUCUGCGACGUCAAGCCGUCGGAGCUCCGCGUUAAGGACCACUACGGCGGCGCCGCCUGUACGGCGGAGGACCUCCGCCGCUUCCGGUCGGCGCUCGAACAGGCCAAGUACACCGUCGGAUUAACCUUCGACACAUUGCAAGGAGAUUGGGCAGAGUUUCUGGCGAGUGCUACGGACGUGGUGAUGAAGAAUUUGGCUGAAGUGGAAGAAGAAGAA